AUGAACAACGGGAUGCAGGAGGUGUCAUCAUGUGGGGGGUCACAAUCAAUCUCGUUUGAUUCUCACUCCUUCUACCCGCCAACACAGGAAUUCCAAGACGUAGGCACGGGUAAGGUAUUACGUCGAAAGGAGAUCUUCGACCGAGUGUAUGGUCAGAUCAUUUUUCCUCCCGUAAUUGGUCUUUUUAUAGAUAGCCCACAGGUGCAGCGUUUGAGGGACCUUAAGCAGCUAGGCAACUCCCACUACGUAUAUCCAAGCACGACUCACACUCGUUUUGAGCACUGCCUUGGUGUAUCACACCUCGGCAUGCACUUUCUCAAGCAAAUUUUUAUAAACCAGGCUGAAAAAUCAUUACCGCCGGCGCUACUGGAUAUCUCAGACGAGGAAGACAUUAAAGACUUGUGGUGUGUAGGGAUCGCCGGACUUUGCCAUGAUCUCGGCCACGGACCGCUCUCGCACAUGUUUGAAAAAUAUGUGAACACGAUCCGCAAACCGAAGGGCAUGCGUGAGUGGUCUCACGAGGAAGCAAGUGUUCUAAUGCUGCGUACGAUCUGGCGUGACCGGCAGAAUGAGUUAGAGGAGUUUGAUCUUAACGACAAAGACCUGCGGUUUGUGGAGCUGCUCAUUCGUGGGUUGCCGCCAAAGGAACCAUGGCCAGAGUUCGACGUGGGUCGCCCGGCUAAGAGGCGUUUUAUGGCAGACAUCAUCGCGAACAGGAGCAGCGGCCUGGAUGUAGACAAGCUAGACUAUAUUCAACGGGAUUCACUAAGUUGUUUUGGUUCGUGCGCCCUGUCGUCGCUUGAGCGCAUGUUUCAAGGGGCGUAUGUGCAAGAGAGCGAGGGGGAGACACACAUUUGUUACCUGAGCAAGCUGUAUGGAACUAUUGAAGAGGUUUUUAUCAAUCGUGUGCGCCUCUUCGAGCUUGUCUAUCAGCACCGUGUUACUCAAGUUAUGGAUCAGAUGACUCUCGAUGCAUUUGUGUCGGCCGAUGAGUUCUUCAGGAUCAAUCAUGAGGGGAAAGAGUACCGACUCAGCGAGAUUGUUGACCACCCGGAAGCGUAUCUGAAAACCGGAGAUUGGAUACUGAACGCGAUUCGCUAUAGUACACAACCUAAUCUGAAGCAAGCUCGUGAUAUUCUAGAUAGAAUCCACUGUCGCUGUAUUUAUAAAUCUUUAGGCUACUACACUGCUAGCUCCAUUGCGGAAACUGAGGCAGUUUCAGCAUCUGAUCUCAUUUCAGCUGUAAGAAAUUCCGAUUUAAGGGGUCGGAUGCAGAAGUGGGAGAAGGAAACUGGUAUUUGCCCCAUCGCAAUUCUGAAACUAAUCAUUUUCAAAGCAUCCAAGGAUCUAGGCAAUGCGGAUCCCCUUAGUCGUAUUCAUUUUUUCAACCCACGUAAUCAUUUAGAGGAGCCAUUUCUCUUUACAGAUGACCACGUUGCUCCUGACGCGCUCGGUGUUCGAGGGAAAUUCCGCGUGAUAGCAGUCUCACGAAUGCCCCUCAACAUUAGUGAUUUUAACACCCUUGUUUUUGCUUUUAAAAGCAUGAUGACGAUGAAAGAAAAAGCGUGUAGUGUUAGUCGCAUCGAAACCCCGGUGCGCGCAAUCAAGCACCCUAGGGAAGGUUCCUACGAUGCGCCCCUAAUUGCGGAUACAAGGAUGUCCGACAUGCCUGACGUAUCUUCCACACCCAAACGUCAAAGAAUAUGUAGUCAAACCCCAGUCAUCAAGACAUAUCUUGACGAAUAG